AUGAUUAUAUUUAAAAGAUAUGCUGAAUUUGUUUGUCUAUGUAAAAGCAGAAAUGAAGAAUGCUUAAUUUUAGCAAAUGCUAUUACCUAUAAAGAUAAUAUAAAAGAACAAGAUAAAAUUGAAGGUAUAGAAAUUAAGAAAUAUAAUAGUUGUCAUUUUAUUUUAGAACGUAAAAAGAUAUGGAUAUUCAAAGAUUUAAUUGAUAAUAUUAAAAUUUAUAAUAAAGAAAAUGAAAAUAUCGAAAUAAAUGGUAUGUUUUGCUUUUCUCUUACAAAUUAUGAUAAUUGUGAAGAUUCUAUUUUAUGCAUAAUAGUAUCUUCUUAUUUUUUAUUGUUUUUUUCUAUAACAGAAUUAUCAUUUUUACAUUUUACUACAUUAGAAAAAAAAAAUUAUAAGCAAAAUAACAUUUUUAAUUGGUUUUUUAUAUGCACAAAGACGGAAUAUUUAACGCCGGUGUUGUUCAUACAAGAUAAAAAAGAUGAAAUAUAUAUAUACUUUUUACAGGAAUAUAUUAAAAGUAAAGGAAUAAGGGGAUAUAAUAAGUGUUAUUUAUUCUUAAAUGAUUAUUUAGUUUCUAUAGAAAAAGUUCCAAAUAUAAAAAAAAAUGAUCAUAUUGAUUUGAAGGAGAAAAAAAAACUUCCCUCUUCGCAGUAUAAAAAGGACAUUUUACUUGAAGAUGAGAAAAAACAUAACACGCAACAUGUUGAUUCUUUAAAAUUAACAGAUCUUAAUACCAAAAUGACAAAGGGUCAUACACCAUUUAUUUUAAAAAAAAAUAAAACAUAUACUUUGUAUAGGAAAAAAGAAUAUUAUAACACAAAAAGGAGUGAUCAGAUUAUGGUAAUAGAAAAUAAUGUAAAUAAAAAUUCAAUAUAUAAUAAAAAGAAAUAUGAUGUAUGUACAAGUAAUCAUAAAAAAAACGAUCCCUUUUGUAACAUAUAUAAUUAUGAUAAUAACCAUCAUCACAGAUAUAAUUAUUUUCAUCCUUUAAGGUUCACACAAAAACGCUUAAAUGACUAUGAAAAGAAUUCUAAAAUAGUAGAUAAAAAAAAUAAUGAAAUACGGAAUAAUAUACGCAUAAUAAAAAAUGAAAGUACAUUAAAUACUUGUGAAAUAUUAAAAAAAAAUUUGGAUUCUUAUCCAUAUAAUAUAAAUAAUUCUUUGGAAGGGAAAAAAGAAAAAGGUAUUAUAUUCAAGAUAAAAAAGAAAAAAAGAAAAAUUGUAUUUAAUAAAUGGUUAAAACAAAAUAAUUUGGAAAAGGUAUCACCACACAAUUUUAUUGUAAAUAAUAUUAUAACAUAUAGUUUAGAAGAAAAAGAAGAAAGAUUUGAUAACAAAAAUGAAAAGUCCCUUUUUGAUAAUUUAAAUAGGAGAAUGAUAUGUAAUUAUUGUAUAAAUUUUAAUAAUAAAACGAGCUAUUGUAUAUCCCUAAUUUUAACAACAAGAAAAUGUACUUUUUACAUAUUUAAAUUAUGUUUUUCAUGUUAUAUGUUAAAAUAUGGUUAUUGUAUUAUUGAUUUAUCAAAAGCUUGUCUAACCAAUUAUGUUUUAUUACAAAAAGAGGUUAGUGUGUAUCGUACAAAGAUGAUUUAUAUUGAUAAUAAAAUAAGAAAAAAUGAUUGUAAUGAUAUGAAUUGUUGUAAAAAUAACACAUUAUAUAACACAAAUAGUUACAACAAUAUAUAUCAGGAAAAUGAAAAGAAAUUCUUGGAAUAUUAUGAUUUAUCAAAUGAUAACAUUGAAAUUAGUAAAAAAUAUUUUAUAGGUAAAAAGGUUGAAGAUAUUAUAUACACUUAUAAUAUAUUAAAAACAAUGAAUAAAAAUAUAUUAGGCAUAGGAACUAAUAUGGGACAGUUAUAUUUUUAUAUGUUAUCAUAUAAUAAAAAAGAAAAAUUAGUAUGUACCUUUUUACAGAAAUGUUAUUUCAAUUUUUCUUUAUUAUCCUUUCUAUGGUUAAAAAAUGAAAGAAAGAAUCUAUUUUUAUUUCAAGAUAAUUGUAAUAAGAUAUAUAUUGGCGAAUUAAUAGUAAAUAAUAGUAAUAUUCCUCUACAAAAUGACAAGAAUUGUGUUAUAAUUUAUAAUUUUUUUAUAAAAUUAACAGGGGACGACAUAUUUUAUACUAUUCCUAGAGAAUUUUUUUGUAAAAAGAAAAAAUGUUUCUGUUGCAUUUUUUCUAUGGAUUCUUUUUUUUUAACGUUUAUGUGUAGGAAAAACAAAUUUUAUGUACUAGUAUUGAAUUUAUAUUUGUAUCCUUUUUUCAGGUACUCUCUAAAUAAUAUAAAGUUAAAUAUAUUUAUUCAUAACAAUAGAAUUUAUCAAUGUGGGCAUAAUAAUAAUAAUAAUAAUAAUAAUAAAAAUAAUAAAUAUAAUAAAAACAAUAAUUUUGGCCAUCAUCAUCAAAAACAACAUUAUUAUUAUACUUAUAUUUUAUCCAGUCAGAAAAAUAUAAAAUUGAUCGAUGUAGUAGAUGUAACAAAGAAAGUACGACCUAGCUUAUUGGUAUCUAACACAUUUGUAUCAGAAGAAAAGAAAUAUGUAUAUAACAAAAGAAUAUUAUUAUUACAGUUUGUUUUAAUUCGUUUUUAUUCAAACACAUACAUGUAUAAUAAAAAAUGUUGUGGUCAUCUUCAACUAAAAAAUGUUGAAGAAUUGUCGAAGUUUGAUUGUUUAUUAAUAAAUAUGGGAAUAAAAUUUCGAAUUAUUUAUAUAUUUAAAAAAAUCUUAAGUGCCUGUUUUUUUAAGAGGAAUAAAAUUGUUGUAUUAAAAAGAAGGGUGGGAAUCUAUACUUAUGAUAGUUCUAAAGAAAAUAGAAAAAAAGAAGAAAAAAAAAAUUGCUUGUAUUUUUCCAUACUGAUAUUUUAUGAUAUAUAUGAAACAUCUAUAAUAAAUAAAAUGAGAAUCAAAUUAAUCAGACAAAAAAUACAUCACGUUUUUGUUCAUCCUCAAUUAAAGGAUAUUUUAUUUUUUUGGUCUAAUGAUAAAGGAGGGGUAUUAUAUUAUGUGUCUUUGAAAAAAGAGAAGGAACAAAUUAACAAUGAGAAGAAUAUUUUAAAGUUGAAUUUUUUAUUCCAAUUAAUAAAAAAUAAAAAGAUGAGUAUGCCCAUUCAUUUAAUUGAAUGGUUUACAAACAUGGGGAUGAAUAGAAUUGAUGAGAAAAGAAGCAAUGAUAUAUUAUCUCUUAUAUUAUUAACACCGUAUUACUUUCUUAUAUUUGUGUUUCGUAAUUUGAAAGGAGAAAUUAUUAUUAUUGAAAAAAUUAUAAAACUAGAUUUGAGGAAGGCUUUUCUUAGUAACGGCCUCAUAAUUGAAAGUUUAAAAAUAAAAAAAAGGAAAUUAAGGAGAGAACUUCGAAGGGAUAUAAAAAAUGAAGAACCUAAUGAAGAAAAGGGAGAAAGAACAGAUGAGACAAAAAAUAAGGGUAAUAAUAAAGAAAACUGUAGUGAUAUAACUUUUGCUCUUUCAACUAAUAUGCAUAUAAUACAUCUAUUCAGUUAUAAUUUUUUAUAUAAUGACGAAAUGGUCUAUAUAAAAACAAUAAAACGAAAAGGAUUCCAUAAUAUUUAUAAUAAUAGAACGGAUACAGACAAGGAAAAACAUAUAAUUUUUAAUAUAUCAUCUAAUUCAUUAACAUAUAUUAUAUUGCUUUCAAAAAUUAAUAAUUAUGACGCUUCACCUUUAUGGAUAAAAGUAAAGCAUCAUAAGGAUUCUGUGGUAAAAAAAAAAAAAAUAUAUAUAAAAGCAAUGAUAAAUAAUUUUAUAAUUAUAUGUAAAUAA